CGGGCUUCGCGCCUCACGGCUCCUCGAGCGCGUACAUCGCCUCGGGUGUCCAUCCCUCGGUUGAUGUCCAUCGCCGGCGUCGGGCUCACCACCUUCGUCGCAGGGCACUCGCCGUUCGCCAAGCAGCCACGCGCGCGGUCGGCGUCGUUCGCGAACGCGCGCCGAACUUCACCGGGACGUCACGUCGCGCGACGCACCGCCUACUCGUCCUCGUCAUCAUCGUCUCGCGGGUCCCCAACCCGCCUCGCCCGUCGUCGCGUCGCCCGUCUCGCGGCGUCCGGACAGGACGCUUCCCAGACGCGCUCGGACGCCGCGCCGAAGAAGAUGAGCCCGCUCGCGUACGUCAACGAGUCCACCAAGUUCAUCGUCAGCGGCGCGUGCCUCGCCGUGCUGCUCACCCAUCCCAACGUCCCGGUGUGCUGGUGCCUCAGCGGCAGCGUGUUCAACUCCCUCAACAGCAAGCUCCUCAAGCGCCUGAUCAACGAGAGCAGGCCGGAGGGCGCGACGAAGCUCGACCCGGGGAUGCCGUCCUCGCACGCGGUAUCCCUUAGUUACCUCUCCACGUACGCGGCUUGCGCGUUGCUCUUACGGGGCGGCGGCUACCCCGACGUUCCCGGCGCUUGGCCCGUCCACCCGUCGUUGGUCCGCCCCGGCGCGUGCGCCCUCGUCGCCCUCGGCGUCUUCCUCACGUGGCUCAGGGUGCGUUUGGGGUACCACAACAACGCGCAGGUGUGCGUCGGGUACGGCAUCGGCGCCGUCACGUCGCUGGGGUGGCUGUGGUGCGGCGAGAACGUGGUGGGUCCCGCGCUGGCCACGGACCCGAACGCGAUAAAGUACGUCCAGGGUUUGGUGGGUUUCGCGUCGGCGAUCUUUCUGCCGGUGUCGGCGCGUUGGUUCGGGGAGGCGAGGGAGUGGUUCGCGAGGCGGCGCGAGGCGAGGGCGGCGAAGCGCGAGUAGUGACGUAGCGUAAGACUCUAGAGCUAGCAGGCGGAUGCGACGUGUAACUUAUGUCAAGUGAUG